CCGGAAGUAGCUUUCCUCCGGCCGCUAGCUUCUCAUUUAGCCUUAACAACAGCUUUUGAAUAUUCUUUAUUAGGGAUCUCUUUAGCUUUUUUAUAUCAUAGAAACUUUCAGUGUUAAAUCACGAAAAUAAUAAUACAAAGUCGCCACUCGCCGUGUUGGGGCUUUGUGUAACGUGAGCAUUGUUUAGAAAUGAUCAUGCUAGCGUUAGCCUUAAGCUAGGAGCGAAUUUGAUGGACUGCACCGUGUAACUGUGAAUGAGAACUAUUAAAACUUGACCGGCUGCGAGAAGCGGUAACUAACCACAGAUCCAGCCAUGGGGACCGGUGCUGAUGUGAGGGACAUUCUGGAGCUGACCGGGGGAGACAAUGACGGCCCCAUCAGCAAGAAAGACAUCAUCAACUCAGACAAGAAAAAAUCCAAGAAGACGACAGAAACUCUGACCUUUAAGAGACCAGAGGGAAUGCACAGAGAGGUCUACGCUCUGCUCUACUCAGACAAGAAAGAUGCACCCCCUUUGCUUCCUAGUGAUACUACUCAGGGCUACAGGACAGUGAAAGCCAAGCUAGGAUGUAAAAAGGUGCGUCCCUGGAAGUGGAUGCCCUUCAGUAAUCCUGCUCGCAGGGAUGGCGCCAUAUUCCAUCACUGGAGACGUGUGGCAGAGGAGGGGAAGGACUACCCGUUUGCCCGUUUCAACAAGACUGUGCAGGUGCCAGUGUAUUCAGAGCAGGAGUAUCAGCUGCAUCUCCAUGACGAUGGCUGGACUAAAGCGGAGACCGACCAUCUGUUCGACCUAUGCAAGCGCUUUGACCUGCGCUUCGUAGUUGUCCAUGAUCGUUACGACCACCAACAAUACAGAAAACGCUCUGUGGAGGACUUGAAAGAGCGUUAUUACAAUAUUUGUGGUAAGCUGACAAAGGUCAGAGCAGCUACAGGGACCGAGCCCAAGAUCUACAUCUUUGAUGCAGGUCAUGAAAGACGUCGCAAGGAGCAACUGGAGAAACUCUUCAAUCGCACGCCUGAACAGGUGGCAGAAGAGGAAUAUCUUAUUCAGGAGCUGAGGAAGAUUGAGUCAAGGAAGAAAGAGCGAGAGAAGAAGGCUCAGGAUCUACAGAAACUCAUUAAAGCGGCUGACACAACCACAGAGUUGAGACGAGCUGAAAAGAGGGUUUCCAAGAAGAAGCUCCCUCAGAAAAGAGAAACAGAAAAACCGGCUGUUCCAGAGACGGCAGGCAUCAAGUUCCCUGACUUCAAAUCAGCGGGAGUCACACUGCGCAGUCAAAGGAUGAAACUACCAAGCUCAGUUGGCCAGAAGAAGAUCAAGGCCAUUGAGCAGAUCCUCGUAGAGCAAGGAGUGGAUCUUAACCCCAUGCCCACUGAAGAAAUUGUACAGAUGUUCAAUGAGCUGCGUAGUGACCUGGUGCUGCUGUACGAGCUGAAGCAGGCCCACAGCAACUGUGAAUACGAACAGCAGAUGCUGCGUCACCGCUAUGAGGCUCUACUGAAAGCUGGCGGUGGAGGCGGGUGUGGGACUCUAGGGUUAGGACUACUCACUGUGGCACAGGGUGGGGACCUCAAUGCCUCCAACAGCACUGCGGCGUCCACACCAGGAGGGGAUAUCCCGUCGUGGCCAAGUAUUGACGACAUCAAGGUUGAAGCCAAGGAGCAGAUCAUUGAUGUUGUUGGAGCACCACUCACCCCCAACUCGCGCAAACGGAGAGAAUCGGCUUCCAGCUCGUCUUCGGUGAAAAAGGUGAAGAAGCCUUGAUGAGGAUGAGAGCGCCAGUUGGUGCACAGUGGAGUUACUCUGGUCCAAGUGGAGAUGCACAGGAUUUAUGGUUGUCCAUCCAUGUAAAAGCACCACUGACUACUCACACACACACACACACACACACA